AUGUACGUUUACCAUGAUAAACUUUGGGUGGCUGUGUUACGGAAUCCUCCAACGAUUUUACAACACGAUCACGAAAUAUUUGAUUUAGUAGACGAUUUAGAAAAUGCAGAAGGGGAAGAUGUAACUUUUUAUUCAUGGCUCGGAGUAGAACCUACAGCCAACGAGAAAGAAAUUAAUAAAGCGUAUCGUAAAUUAUCUUUAACUUUACACCCGGAUAAAAAUCCUGAUAAAGAUAGCAAAGAAAGAUUUUCUAGAUUAGGUUUAAUAGGUGCAAUUUUGCGUAAUUCAGAGUCAAGAGAACGAUACAAUUUUUUUCUAAAGAAUGGAGUACCAAAAUGGCGUGGUACUGGCUAUUAUUAUAACCGUCAUAGACCAGGACUUGAAUCGAGAGAAAUCGCCUGUGGUAAAAGAAUGAAAAAACAAAACACCAGGAAAAAAAUUUUUGUUAAUGAAAAGAAUUUCAUUGUUGAUUAUGAUAAUGUUUUCUUGUUGACUAAAGAUGGCGAACAAUUUAUUAUGGAUGAGAAUGAAAUCGAGAAACCAAGAAUUUUGAAUAUUUUUAAAUAUUAA